ACACUUGAACACAUUAUAAUAUACGUACUUGUGUUCAAGAUGGGGAGUUGUAAAGUAAUAAUAUUUCUAUUUUAUAUCUUGUUUGCCAAUGUGUUCGCUGAUUUGAGAAUAGAUCCGUUAGUUGAUACAAAUGUUGGUCUUAUUCGAGGACUAAGGGCCAUUGAUGGUGAUUAUUCAAUGUUCAUGGGUAUACCAUUCGCAAAAGUAAGGCCAGAAAACCCUUUCGGUGAUGCUAUUCCACAUGAAAGAUUUGAUGAUGUAUUUGAAGCUUUCGAUGACUCUGCUAUUUGUCCUCAAAUUGAAGAAUUUAACCAGACUGUAACAGGAAAUCUGGAUUGUCUGCACUUGAAUAUUUACGUACCAAAUUCUGCCAGCUCACGAAAUCGCCUACCAGUUUUAAUAUGGGUUUACGGAGGAGGAUUUAGUAUUGGUUUUUCUGGAAGGUACCUAUAUGGUCCUAAAUAUAUUGUCAGACAUGAUGUAAUUUUAGUAACUAUUAAUUACCGUUUAGGACCAUAUGGUUUUAUGUGUCUCGACACUGCUGAUGUGCCAGGAAAUCAAGGUCUUAAAGACCAGUUGUUAGCUCUGAGAUGGGUGAAACAUAAUAUUGAAGCUUUCGGUGGAGACUCUAAUAAAAUAACUGCUUUUGGGGAAAGCGCUGGAGGAAUCGCUGUAGAUUUUCAUUUGCUCUCUCCCCAUGAACUACUAUUUAAUCAAGUUAUCCUUAAUAGUGGAACGACACUGCUGCCAACGUUUUAUGAACCUAUCAAAAAUGCUCCAAUAAUAUUAGCUCAAUAUCUUGGCCUUGAUACCGAUGACAUGGAUGAGGCAAUAUCAUUUUUAGCUAAUCUUGAUACGAAUUCAGUUAUCACGGCUGCUGCUGCACUGAAUCUUGAAUUUAAAACUUGUGUUGAACAAGAGUUUGAUAACGUUGACAGAUUUAUUACCCAAAAUUGGAUCAAUGCACCAGUGCCAAAAGUAAGGAAUAUGCCUGUACUAAUUGGAUUUAACAAUCAAGAAUUAUUAACUACGUACGGUCUUGAAACUGCGACAUUUUAUGAUGAUCUUAUAAAAUAUAAGCUGUCAAUAGGCUUUGAUGUAGACAACGAAGAAUUCGAAGGUAUGGAAGAACUAGUAAGACAAUUUUAUAUUGGUGAUGAGUCAAUAACGGAUAAAGUGAGAUAUGAAAUCAUUGACUUUGAAUCUGAUUAUAAGUUUAAUCAUCCAACUUUUAGAUCUAUAAAAAAGUACAUUGAAAAUGGAGCUGGUAACAUUUUUAAUUACGUAUUUUCUUAUGCUGGAGGGAGAAACUUUGCAAAACACUUGAAUAAUAUAACAUUUGGUGGGGCAGCUCACGCGGACGAACUUGGCUAUCUAUUUGACAUGUCGUUUUGGAAGCAAAUCUCUGACGAAGAUCAACUGAUUGUCGACCUAAUGACGACUAUGUGGACCAACUUUGUUAAACAUGGAGACCCAACUCCUGAGUUGUCCGAUCUCCUGACAACCAAGUGGACUCCCAUCACCGAGGGAUCACCUCAUCACUAUCUGGAGAUCGACAGAGAACUCCAUGCCAAAACCAGGCCAUUUAGCAGCAGAAUGACAUUCUGGGACCUGUUCUACAAAAUGAAUCACAACUUGCAACGGAUUUAUCCGGGAUACAACGUUUGAAUAACAACACGUCGCAAAAUAAAAAUACUUUGGUUAAUUUAA